AUGAAUGAGGUAACUCUUAAUUCAAAAAUCUUAAGUGACAAUAAAGAAAAUAAAAAUAGAAUAAAUGAAAAUAUAAAAUAUAAUAAUGAGAAUAAUAUUAAGGAUGAUAUUCAUAUGGGUCACAUGAAUAACAGUGUAAAGAAUUUGUAUAACGUAUAUAUGAAUAAUAGUAAUAACAUAGAUAAUAAAAACAAUAUAAAUCACCCCAACAACAACAACAACAAUAAUAAUAAUAUUAAUAAUAAUAAUAAUAAUAAUAAUAAGAGUAGUAAUAAUAAUCUGAAUAAUGAAUAUAUGUUUAAAUAUUUUAACAAUUAUUUAAGUAAAGGUGGAAAAAGUAAUGUACACGAUAUUAAUAAUGAAAAUGUGGAAUGUAAUAAUAAUAUGAACAAAGAUAUCGAAGAAAAAGAUUUUACAAGCAUCAAAAAGUAUAAUAUAAAUAAUAUAAAUAAUAUGAAUAAUAUGAAUAAUAUGAAUAAUAUAAAUAAUAUAAAUAAUAUAAAUGGUACAAAUAAUAUAAGUGGUACAAAUAAUAUUAAUGAUAGAAACGUCAUUGUUAAUAGUCAUAAUAAUAAAUUAAAUUAUAAUCACUUUCCAAAUAGUGAUUAUUCCUUUGCAGAUCUUUUAUUAGAUAAUAAAAGUUUGCAUUUAAAAAGUAUGAAUUCUCAUAACAAUGAAAUUAUUCAUACGACCAAUAAUAUUAUAAACGAACAUACAAUGUCCAGUAAUAUAAAUAAUGAUAUUUCUAAAAAUAAUAAUAAUUAUUAUUUUAGAAAUGAGAAAUAUGAUAAAGAUAAUAAUUAUAGACAUCAAGAUGAUCUUUAUUAUAAUUCACCUUCAUAUACAAAUGAAGAGCCGACGUCAAAAGUGAGUAAUGACCAUGUGUUAUUAAGAGAUCAGUGUAAUGAAAAUGUUAAUAAUUUUGAUAAUAUAAAUAAUAAUAAUAUAAACAGUAAUAAUAUAAACAGUAAUAAUAAUAAUAAUAAUGAACAUAUUCAUAUGAAUAGCAAUAUUAGCACGAAUGUAUCUGAUAUUACAAUUUUAGAAAAUAGGAAAUUAUUAAACAUUUUAAAUAUUAAUAAUAAUAUAGAAAAUAAUUCUAAUAGUAAUAAUUAUAAUAAUGAUAAAAAUUAUUUGUUUGAAUGUAAGGAUAAAGAUAUGAAUUCCUUAACACUACAAGAGGAAAUUUGUAAAGUGCAAGAGAAAGAAAAUUAUAAAGAUUUUCUUAACGUAAUAAAUAAAAGAAUGAAAAAUAUUACAAAGGAUAGUAACAAUAAUAAUAAUAAUAAUAGUAAUAAUAAUAAUAAUAAUAAUAAUAAUGUAAAUAUAAAAUCUAGUUCAUUUAAUGAUAAAAUACCCAUUGAUAACCAUACAGAUAAUAUAAAAGGCAUAAAUAAUAUUAAUAAUAAUAAUAAUAUUAAUAAUAAUAAUAAUAAUAAUAGUAGUAGUAGUAGUUGUUGUUGUAAUUAUAAAGCUACUAAUAUAUACAAAUAUAAUAAUAACCACCUUAAUGAUAGUAAUAAAAAUACUAAUAAUAUUAUUAAUAUGAAUGAAGAUUAUUAUAAUGAAUUCACAAAUUUAGAAACGAAAAAUGAGAACCAUGGAGAUAUGAAAUUAGAAAAUGAUUAUCAAAAUAAUCAAGAUAUUGAAAAUGUAUUGAAUGAUCAUAAUGAAAUACAUCUUCAUGAACAUAAUAAUAAUAAUAAUAAUAAUAAUAAUUGUUAUAGUUAUAGUUAUAUUUAUAAAAAUAAAAGUACCACAUUAGGAGAAUCUUUAAAGCAUCAAGAAGUUAAUACUUCUAUUUUUUCUUAUACUAAUAAAGCAGGUUUGAAUCAUAAUAAUGAAGUCAUAAAUUUCUUAAGUGAUCAUAAUUUGGAGGUAGAAGUUAAAAACGUGGUAUUACCAUUGUCGAGUAACAAAAAUGUGUGUGAUGUUACAAGUAAUAAUAAUGAUAGUAUGAAUAAUAUAAAGAAUAUGGACAUUAAUACAAAUCAUAAUAAUAAUAAUAAAAGUAGUAGUGUUAGUAAUAAUAAUCAUUUUGAUGAUCAUCAUAAUAGUUAUCAUACAGAUAAUAUAAACUAUGAAGAGUUCUUAUAUAACAACGAUUUGAAAAAAAAAUACAGUGAUCAUUUUAUUGACGUAGAAGAAGGUAUCAGUGAAUAUAACUAUAAACGUCUUUUAUCAUAUCAAAAAAUGAAAAUGAAUAUUAAUGAGAAUAAAAAUAUUACAACAAAUAAUGAUAAUUAUAUGAAUAAUUUAAAUAAUAAUGUUUUUUCUUCAAAGGAUGACAAUAUAAAAACAAACGAACAUAAUAAUAGUAAUAAUAAUGAUAAUAAUAAUAUUUCAUCUUUUUAUAAUAAAAGUAAUAACAAUUUUCUUAUUAAUAAUGAUAUAUGUGAUAAUAAUAAAAAGGAUGAAGAGACUGUGGCCGAAAAAAAUACACAUAUUUCAUAUAAUACAUAUGAAAAAGAAGAACAAAGAAAUUUAAAACAUUCUAAUAGUUUAGAAAAUAAUUAUAUAAAUGUAGAUAAUGCAAGAAUAGAUAAUUUCUUUUCUUACAAUUAUAUGUUCGAUGAUAAAAAAAAUAAUAAUGAGAAUGACAUACUAGACUGUGAAAAUAAUAGGAGUACAACAUAUACAAAUAAUAAUAAUAAUAAUAAUAAUAUUGAUGAUGAUGAUAAAAACGAUCAUAUUGAUGAUAAGAAUGAUCCUAUUGAUGACAAUAAUUCAAAUAUUAAUCGUAAUAAUUUUAAAAAAAAAAAUAGCAUUAAUAAUAAUAGUAGUAAUAAUAUGUAUCAUUUUGAUAAUAAAAUAUAUAAAUUCGAUAGUGUAAAGAAAAAAAAUAUAUGUCCUAUUAAGAACUAUGAUUCAUAUUCUUAUAAUGAUAAAAAUAAUAAUGGUGUAAAUGAUGAACAUGCUUUUUAUGGUAGUUUUUCAAAUAAAGAUAAAAUGAAUAAUAAAAUUAAGAAUCAUAAAAAUAAUAAUAUGAAUAAGAGUUAUAUAGAUAUACAUGGUACUGAUACAAAUGAUAAUUUUUUUAUAAAUGAUGGUUUUAAUAAUAAUAUGGGAGAAAAUAAUUAUGUAAAUAAUGUUUAUAAUAAUGAAGACAAUGUUAAUAAUAAUAUGAAUGGUAAUAAUAAUAUGAAUGGUAAUAAUAUGAGUGAAUCUAACUCUAUUAAUCUUUCUAUGCAUGGUGUGAAAGAUGAUAAAUAUAAUAGUUCUAUUAAUUUAGAAGAUCAAAAAGAUAUUUCGAAUAACUGUCAUAAUGAUAUAAAUGGGAAUACAUAUGAAAAGAUUAAUCAUAAUAUGGAUGUGCAUGCACCUAAUACUAAUCAUAAAACGAAUCAAGACAAUAUGAAAAAUGGAUUUGAUCAACAGUGUUAUAUGAGUAAUGAUAAUAUGGAAUAUAUAAAGGAUAAAAUGACAAAUAUGAAUAGUGUGAAUAAUAUUAAUAGUUUGAAUAAUAUGAAUAGUGUGAAUAAUAUGAAUAGUGUGAAUAAUAUGAAUAGUGUGAAUAACAUGAAUAGUGUGAAUAAUAUGAAUAAUUAUAAUUUACAUCAUAUUAGAAUGACUAAAGGUGAUGAUAAUAAUCCAAAUAAAGGAGAUAUAGGAUAUCAUCUGAAUAACUCUCAAGUUAUAGAAAUGAAGAAGAAUGAUAUUAUAUACAAUGAUAUGAAUAUAAACUAUGACAAUAUGAAUAAUAACAUUAAUAGUAAUAAUAAUUAUAAUAUUAAUAUGAACGAUCAAUAUAAUAAUGAUUCUUUAAAAUAUAAAAAUAGUUUUAUUAUAUCCAACAAUUUAUGUGGAAAUAAUAUGAAUAAUAUAAACAUUUUAAAUAAUGUAAAUAACAUGAAAGAUAUAAGUACCAUGGAUUUAUUAAAUAAUUCUAGAAAGUAUAGUAGUAUGAAAAAUGUUGUAAGUACUAUGGAUAUAUUAAAUAAUGUGCACAAUAUUAAUAAUAGGAAUAGUGUGAAUAAUAUGAAUAAUAUUAAUGGUGUGAAUAGUAUGAAUAGUGUGAAUAAUAUGAAUAAUAUGAAUAGUAUGAAUAACAUGAAUAACUUGAAUAACAUGAAUAACUUAAACAACAUGAAUAACAUGAAUAGUAUGAAUAAAGUUAUAAAAAAUGUAGUAAAUGUAAAUAGUAUGAAUAAUAUUAAUAAUAUGAAUAAUGCUAAAAUGGUGAACAGUUUUAAUAAUCUUAACAAUAUGAAUAGUAUAAAUAGCUUUAUGAAGAAAAAUAAAAAUUUGGAAAAUGAUAUUCUUAAAAAUAUGAAUUCAAUGAAUAAUACAUUAAAAAAUAUAAACGCAAUACAUAAUAAUAUAACAUGUAAUAAAAAUGGAAACAAUUCUCAGAUUUUAAAAAAUAAUAAUAUUGUUCAUUCGUUUGCUCAUAAUCCUACAAAAUUAUUAAUUAAUAAACAAAACAUGACUUCUAAUAAGUGUAUGAAUAUAAAAAUGAAGAAUAUAAAUAAUAAUCAUCAUGUGGGUGAUUGUAAUAAUAGAUCAUUGAUGAAUAAAAAUGUAAUGGAUUUUUCCCAUAUGAAGGAUAAUAAAAAUUUUCAAACAAUAAGUGCAAAUAAUAAUUUAGGCUAUAGGAAAAAUAUUACAUCCAAUGAAAGUAGUAACAUGAAUAAUAUGAAUAAUAUGAAUAAUAUGAAUAACAUGAAUGGUGUGAAUAAUAUGAAUAAUAUGAAUAAUAUGAAUAAUAUGAACAACAUGAACAACUUAAACAACUUAAACAACAUGAAUAAUAAUGUAAAGGUUAGUGACAGAUUUAAUGGCUUCCUAACAAAUAAUAAAAAACCAGUAAUGCCAAAUAUGUUAAAUAUUUUAAAUAAAGAAUAUGGAGAAAAAAAAUUAUUGAAUAAUGAUAACAUGGAAAAUUUGAUUAAUAAUAAUAAUAUCAAUGGAUUUAUAAAAAAUGAAUCAAGUGUAAAACAAACCAUGAAUCAAACCAUGAAUCAAACCAUUAACCAACCAUUGAAUCAAUCAUUGAAUCAAUCAUUUAACCAGGUAUUGAAUCAAAUGGAAGAAAGACGAGGGAGCUUGAUGAAUAACCAACGUGAUAAUAAUGUAGACUUUUUAAAUAUGAAAAAAAAUUCUCUUCAUAUAACCAUUCCAAAUAAUAAUAUAAAAAUAAAUGAAAAUGAUUAUAUGAAUAAGACUAAUUUUAAUUUAGGUGUAGUUCCAAACAACAAAAGAAAUAAUUUCUUGAAUGAUAAUAUGACAAAUAUAAUGUUAAAUAAAAAUAUAAACAAUUUUUUAAAUAAUAAUCGAACCAAUAUACCAAACAACAUGAAUUCGUUCUUAUCAAAUGUUGGUGUUCCAACAAAUAUUUCAAAUAAUGUAAAUAUAAAAAAAAACGAACAUGCUUUUAAUAAUAUGAUGAAUAUUCAUGUGGAAAAUAAAAUAAAUAAUGUAAGAGAUUCUAUAAAUACAUAUGCUAAGGACAAUAUGAGUGAUAAUAUGUAUUCUAUUCCAAAUCAGAAUAUGAAUCAAGCGAAUAAUAAUAUGAAUAAUAAUAACCUUAUGACAAAUAAAAUGAAAGUUAAUAAAGAUACUUAUACAUAUACGCAUGGAAAAAGUGGAAUACCAAUUCCUUCUCAUAUGAUCUUAUCAAACCAAAAAAUGAAUGAAGAAAAACGUGCAAAUAAAAUGGUAGAAACGAAUAGUUACAAUAAUGUGAAUAAUAUGAAUAAUAUAAAUCAUAUAAAUCAUAUCAAUAAUUUAAACCAUAUCAAUAAUAUAAAUCAUAUCAAUAAUUUAAACCAUAUGAAUAAUUUAAACCAUAUCAAUAAUUUAAACCAUAUGAACAAUAACAAUAUUAAUAGUGUUAGUGCUUAUGCUAAGAAUUCACUUAAUUUAAAUAAUAAGAACGAUCUUAAUAAAAAUAUGCUGGAUGAAUCCUUCCAAGUAAAUAAAAAUACAUACAUUAAUGAUGGGAAUAAUAAUUAUUUAGAUAACAUAAGAAAUGUUCAUAAUAAUAACAUAAAAGAAAAUUAUUAUCACAACAAUUUGAAUAUUCCUUUGAAUAAUAAAAACACAACAAAUAAUAAUAUGAAUGAUAAUUGUAUGUAUAAUAAAAAUGAAAAACUACAUGAUAUAAAUAAGAACAAUAUGGAUAUUUUAAAAUGUCAUGUGGAUGAUCGAUUAACAAUGACAGGUGAUACAAUGAAUAAUGUUGCUCACCCUUAUAAAAAUAAUGUACUUAUGAAUCAAAAUAGAAAGACAAGAAAUUCAAAAAAUGAAGAGAUAUUAAAUUUUAUAGAAGAAAAUGGAAAUAUAGAUGAGAGGAUAAUAACAGAUAUACAUAUGGAUGAUAAAAUAAACGAAAGAAGAUAUAUAAAUAAAGAAAAUUUAAUAAUCAAAUGUGAAAAUAAUCGUGAUAUAAAUUAUAUUGAUAAGAAUCAAAAAAUUGAAAGUGGAAAAAUUAUUGAUAAUAUGAAUAACAGUAUUAAAAAUAAUAAUUCAUUUUAUCAAAAUAAUAUAAUUAUGCCAAACAAUUAUUUAUAUAAUAAUAAUAUUAAUGAAAAUAACAAUGUAGUAUUAAUGAAAGGAUCUUUAAAUUAUAAGGGUGUUAUAAAUAAUGAUAAAAAAAUGGAACAAGCAAAUAAAAAUUAUGUAGAAAAUAAUAUUGAUAUGUCUAAUAUAAACUCGUCAAUUCUUAAUCAUAAUAUGCAAAGUAAUAUUAAUGUGUCUCUUAAAUAUAAUCCAGAGGUCAUUAUGAAUAAUGAACUUCACAACAGUAUGAAAAAUAUAAACAUCAAAAAUAAUAAUAUGAACAAUAAUAUCAACAAUAAUAUCAACAAUAAUGUCAACAAUAAUAUCAACAAUAAUGUCAACAGUAAUGUCAACAGUAAUGUCAACAAUAAUGUCAACAAUAAUGUCAACAAUAAUAAUCUUAUUUGUUAUAGAAAUAUGGACUGUCAUAAUUAUAUUAUAAACCAACACAGUAAUAGUAUCCCAGAGAAAUAUAGCAAAAGCAAACAAGCCAUUGACAAUAACAAUAUGAAGAAUAAAAAUAUUCCAAAUGUACUUGAGAAUAUUGGUGCAUGCAAUAAUAAUGUAGUAAAAGGAUAUUAUGUUAACAACCACAUGAAUGAUAAUAAACAAAAUUCUUAUGAUAUAGAACAUGGGAAUUACAAAUAUAUAUCGAAUAGUAGUGAUUUAACUAAGAAGAAAAAAAAAAAUCAUGAAAAUAUGUUUAGAAUGUCUAAAAGUCAAUUAUUAAGUUUAGAAAAUGAUAUAAAAUAUUUACAAUCUUUAACAUCAUAUAUUAUUAAACCGAAAGAUUUAUAUUUUGAAACAUUUGAAGAAGUCGAUGUAUUAUCAUACGAUAAAAAUGAAGAGUAUAUGAAUAAUAUCAUUCAUAAUAAUAAUAACAAUAUUUUGAACUCAGAUGGUAUGAUCCAUAUUUUAAAUAAUGGAGCAACCAAAGAUUAUGGAUUAAGUGGAUGUAAAAUUAAUAAUAAAGAUUUUUUCAAUGCAAAAAUGAAAAGGGAAAUAAGAAAAACGAAAUAUUAUACAAAUAAAUUUAGUAAUAAAUUAAAAUAUACUGUAAUUGAAGAAGGGUCAUUUGGUGUUGUAUAUAAAGGAUGGUAUAAAGGUAUGAAUGUAGCUGUAAAAGUACCAGUUGAUAAAAUGGCUAGACAAGAUCCAUAUGGAUUAACAAAAAGAUCAAUAAAUGAAUGGAAAAUUUUGGCAAAAUGUGAUCAUCCAAAUAUUAUUAAAUUAUGUGGUGGUAUAAUACAUAGUUAUUUUGAUAUUUGGCUAGUUACAAAAUUAGUAAAUGGUUUAGAUUUACAUACUAUUAAAAAUAAUAUGAAUAAAGAUGAAAAAGUUCUUGGUAUAGAUAUAUCAUUAAAAAUGUGUAGACAACUAGCUGAAGUUAUUAAUUUUUUACAUACACCUAUUAAAAAUAAAAAAAAUGUAAUCAUACAUAGAGAUAUUAAACCAGAAAAUCUAAUUAUUGAUAGUGAUUGGAAUAUACAUUUAUGUGAUUUUGGUGAUGCUGAAGAAUGUGAAGAUGGUAUUGUUACUAAUGUAUCAGGAGCAACAUGGAUAUAUGCUCCACCUGAAUUAUUAACUUGUCAUCCAUUAAAACAAAGUAGUGAUUAUAAUUUCUUAGAUCAUACUAAAUUAUCAUAUAAAUGGGAUAUUUGGUCUAUGGGAUGUGUAUUUCAAGAAAUGAUGAACCUACCAUCACCUUUUCAACAUUAUAUUAUUACAUUUGAUGAAUCUGAUCAAAUCUAUGAAAAACUAGUUGAUGUAUUUACAAAAAAAUUACCUCCUUGUAUUCAUUCCAAAAUUGAAAAUUCACCUUUUGCUGAUAUUAUUAGAUUAUGCUUAAAUUAUGAUCCUAACUUAAGACCAACAGCAUCAGAAAUUGUUCAGCUAUUGAACCAGCCAGAUGAAUAUUUACUUCUAAAGAGGAAAUAA